AUGACGGAGCCCGCCGACAAGGUCUGGCCAGGGGCUGACCGUGCCUUCUCUGGGCUCGAGUGGUUCUUUGGGGUGUUGUUUACCUUCGAGCUUGCGCUCAAAUUUGUGGCCAUACCCAGGAAGGUCCUGAGGGACUCGUGGGCCAUAGUCGACAUCCUCGUAGUCGUCUUCUUUUGGGUCGAGGUGCUCUCGAGCGACCUUCCGUUCCCGCCGACCUUGAUCCGCCUGGCACGAAUGGCGCGGCUGUUGCGUUUCCUGCGAGUGGUGAAGACAAUCCGAGGCUUCGGUUCGCUCUACUUGAUGUUGCAGGCGAUCAAGGGCAGUGUCUCGGCCCUCGGGUGGGCCAGCGCCGUACUGCUAAUGGGAGAGAUGAUGUUCGCUUUGGCGCUCAACUUACUGAUGAAGGACUAUUGGGAGGACGAGGACUUUGAUUUCGAAUCCAGGGAGAUGCUCUACGCGUACUACGGCACUUUCACUAAGUCGCUAUUGACAAUGAUUGAGAUGUUGCUGGGUAAUUGGUACAGCAUCACACGGAUUCUCACGCAGUUCAAUGAGUCGUUCAUGUUGUUCGGCAUUUGCCAUCAACUGGUCUUCGGGUUCGCAGUGAUCGAAGUGAUCUCGGGUGUCUUCCUUAACGAGACGUUCAAGGUCGCGGCCCUCGACGACAGCAUAAUGUUAAACGAGGUCAGGAGAGCCGCGAAGGCGCAGAGCGCCAAGCUGACCGAGUUCUUCCAGAACGCGGACAAGGACGGCAGCGGGCUGGUAGACCAGGACGAGCUCAAGAAGGUGCUGAGCAACAAGCAGGUGGAGGAGUGGCUGAGCGCCAUGGGCUUAGAUCUGUCUGACAUUGACAGGGUGUUCGCCAUGCUGGACACGGACGGCGACGGCCAGCUCUCCUGCCAGGAGCUGGUGGACGGCGCCUCCCUGCUGAAGAGGCCCGCGAGAGCUGUGGACCUCCAGGCCGUGCAGGUGCUGCUCCAGGACUUGAGCUCCCGCAUCUCCGCCCAAGUGUGGUAGUCGGGAGAUGGCCCCUCGUCCUUCUUCCUUCUCCUCGGCGUCGUGCCCUCCAUCGAGCCCUCAGCCACUCCACCGCUGGCAGCGCUGCGGAGGGCGCGUCUGCGGACAGGGGUCCGCAGGCCGUCGCGAGGAGGGCCCCGGACGGCUCCGGCGCCCGCCCCUCCUCCAGACGGGCGAGCGAGCGAACAUCCACGGACACCCGCGCACUGACGACCGCACGCUCACGCACCCCUCCCCCGCCUGCCGGGCCCUCGCGCCACGCGCCCGUCCUGUAGGGCUGCCGAGACGCUUCGCUGCAGUCCGGGCUCUGGAUGAUGCUGUCGUUCCAUCUUGUCCUCACAGGGGGCUGCAUCUUGGCCCGAGCUCUUGCUAGCAUUAGACGGUGGUGGUGAUAGUCGUCACACCGAUUGCGUGAUGUUUCACACAUUCGCUUUCUUAUUGUACAGAUCUUCCAGACGCAUUAUCGUAAUCAGCGCCUCGUCUCCUAUUCACAGAAAAAAA